ACAAAAGUGGCGGACCACACAUCCCUACCGAAAACGCUACCUAAAACUUGACUCCGUGAGGCUGAAAAAAGAAAUAUAUUAAUUAAACAAGCUCUUCGGUAAGGAGGCUUCUAUAAUCGCUUGACAGAAAUCGUGUUCUUAAUCAAGAAAUGGCGCGUGCCCAGAGUCCCGCCGGCGACGGUGAGGUGAGAGAAAAGAAGGAGAAGGAUAACAAAGAUAAGGACACUAAAGAAAAAGACGGAAAAUCGGCAUCCAGUUCCUCGCGUAGGGACCGCGAACGUAAACGUCGGGGCUCUGCAUCAUCUAGUAGCGACUCCAGCCGCAGCUCAUCCGAUAGCAGCUCGUCACGUAGCAGUUCUGGAAGUUCCCGCUCAAGCUCGAGCAGCUCCAGUGACUCUUCGAGUUCUUCUUCAAGCUCAUCCAGCGACUCUGAUCGCAGCGAGAAGAACCGUCGGCGCGGAGGCGGCGCAAGUGGCGCCAAGGAUAAGGAAAAGGCUAAGCCCAGUACACGGUCUCGGUCUCGUUCGCCAAGGCGGACCUCAAAGUCGCCCCGUCCUGCCAGCAAGGUUCGCAAGGAGCCAGAGCGGGAUCGCGAUCGGCGCAGUCGCUCCAGAGAUCGCGUUCGCCGAGCAGGGUCCAACGACAGGCCAUUAGUCGAAAAUAACAACCUUAAACGAGAGCGUUCACGCUCGGCUAGUCGCUCACGAUCACCACGUCGUCGCGGACGAGGCUCUGGAGAAAGAACGCCGCCUCCCAAGCGAAGAGAACGCACCCGCUCGCGAUCUCGCACUCGUACUAGGUCCCCCACCCCAAAACCAGUGCGCAUUCAUGUCGGGAGACUUACUCGCAAUGUGACCAAGGACCAUGUGUUUGAGAUAUUCAGCAGCUUCGGGGAGGUGAAGACCGUGGAGUUCCCAACUGACCGAAACCACCCGAACUUUGGACGUGGCAUGGCUUACGUGGAGUACUCGACAUCUGACGACUGCGAGUCGGCCAUGAAACACAUGGAUGGCGGACAAAUUGAUGGGCAGGAGAUUACCGUCUCGCCUGUCAUCAUCCCCAAGCAGCGCCCGCCCAUGCGCCGACCCUCGCCCCCAAUGCGCCGUCCUCAAGGCAACCGCUGGCGCUCACCUCCGCCUUUCAAUCGUUUCAACAAUCGCGGUGGUGGUGGUGGCGGAAGGCGCCCAUCGCCUCCGCGCGGCCGACGUUCUCCUCGCCGUCGAUCUCGUUCACCGAUUCGUCGCCGGCGCCGCAGCAACAGCUCCGACAGUUCCCGCUAGAAUUGUUUGACAUCCACUUUGUACAAUGGGCCGACGAGUCAUGAUAUUGAAAUUCAGUUUACAACAUAUUAUAAUCCAAACAAUAAACCACAUACAACUUUUUCAGUGUA